CUGUGGUCCAUGGCUCCUGCACGUCACCAAAAUCUGGAAUUAUAGGAAAUGGCUAUUUAAAGUGUAGCUCAGUAUUUCAAGCACAGGCGAGCACAGGAUUCACGCAGGAUUCCUCUUCACGCAGAUCGAAGGGAAGAUUUUGGUGACGAGCAGGAGCCAUGGAUAACAUUGAGGAACAGAUGCAGCAUGACAGUUGCGAGUCGAAGGAUUCGUCCGAUGCCUCCCCCUCGACUUCGCCUCCAGCCAAGAAAGCCAAGACGGCUCCGUUGACCCCAGAUGGCGCAGUGCAGGCUCAGCAGCAGUUGGCGACGCCGCCCGACGCUUCGCUGGGACUCCCAGACCUGCCGAGUCCGAACGGCCACAGCACGGAGCUCUGCUCACUGCCCGACGAUGAACUGCUGCAAGUGUUCGGCUUCUUGACGCGCGAGCAGCUGCUGCAGUGCCGCACAGUUUGCCGCAGGUUCAGGCAGCUCACCCUCCACCCUGCCCUCUGGCGUAGGAUUAGCCUGUGGAACCCUAUCAGGUGUCAUUUGGGCGCUGCGACGCUGCGCGUGGCCCCCUGCCUGGAGAGGCUCACUGUAUGGGAGCCCGACGACGUCGUUCCGCUCGGCACUCUACUCGCCGCCUCCAGCUGCGCCGUCUCCGAGCUGCACGUGGCCCUGGACCUGAUGGACGCGGUGCUCGUCGCCGUGGUGCUGGCCAGGCAAGCCGAUUUGGGACGACUUAAAGAAGUGAGUUUGACAGUGACGUCGACUAAAGUCGAUAAGAAAUCUUCCCUGUGCCGACUCAGACAGCUGCUGCGCCAACUUCUUUCUACUCAAGGCUUGGAGUCGAUCGAGCUGGAUUUGGAUGAGAAGACUGCUGCUCUUUUGGAAGCUCCAGAACUCGACCCAGUCAAGCGUGCGGUGCCGGUGCCUUCAAGCCUCCGACGCCUAGAGUACUUCUCGGCGUGCAAAGACCCCUACCUACCCUUGUUCCUUAAGUGGCAUGCAGCUUCCCUGGAGGUGGUGAAACUCCGCUGCGGCCACCCGCGCGCCGCGCCCAUGCUGGCCGCCAUGCCCCGCCUCAGAGAGCUGCAGUGUCCCGUGCUGAAGGACAUGCCGGCCCUCCUGGCGUGCAGGGAGUUGCGGUCGCUGUACCUCUCAGUCUCCAAGGACGCAUCGCUGCAGCUCAUCUUCCCCAGUGUGGCGGAGUACCUCCGUUCGGCCGUCGCCACCAUCGAAGACUUGGUCCUCGACUACUUCGAGGACGAAGGAAACCACUCAAAGGAGCUCGACUACAUGGAGCCGCAACCGCAGCUGCGUCCUCUAGCCGCCGUGGUCCACCGCCUGAAGCACCUCGUGAGUCUCGACAUCGGCAAGCCGUCGGGCGAACUCCUGGACGCGCUGGAUGGAGAGUUUGUCCCCAAUUUGGAGCGCCUGAACACGUGA